GUCCGUGUGAUUUUUUCCUCGAGAAAAGGGAGUGUCGCGAAGAGGUACCUACAACCGAUUGUCCUGACUAAACGGAAGCACGUCCUUAUCGGCGAAAGAAAGCUUAGCGGAGAGUGUGUGGCACAGGCAGGUGGAGACCGUAGAGUGCGUUCUCAAACUGGAUACUAGUCAAGCCAGGGUCAAGCCUGCCCAGAGUUCGAGCUCCUUGGAAACCUCAUGGUUACGCAAAGACGUCGUGGAACCUCGCACCCGAACAUUGCACGGGGCCAAGAAAAGGCCUGCACCACCCUUUUUUGGCAGCAGGAUCAAACGGGGUUCCAGUCUAUUCUGGGCUUCAUUUCACCCUUGCCGAAGAUCUCGUCGUGUGGGCCGUAUUUGCUUCACUGCCCGCAAGUCAUUGCCUGGGAGUCGCAUUUGAUUCGGCCUGUCCUCUGCCAUGUCUGAGAACGUAGAUCAUGUGGAGGUGAAGGACGGGCUUGAGUCAAAUCAAGACCAGACCGACCUUCAGGCGAUUCAAAAUCAAUCCGACGACCAGACUGAAAGCCAAUGGGAAUGGAACGUGUUGGUCAAGGCCGCUCAGUAUGGCGAAUUGGCGCCCAUUGAGGCGAGUGUGCUCAAGGAUCCUCAAUGGGCCCGUCACACGGACCAGGAUGGGAUCAGUCUGCUCCAUUGGUGCGCUAUCAACAAUCGCCGAGUGAUCAUGACGUUUUUGUUGGAGCACGGUGCGGCUGUCAAUGCCAUAGGAGGGGAACUCCGAUCCACGCCCUUGCAUUGGGCCACCCGGCAAGGCCACUUGGGCAGUGUUGUGCUGUUGGUCCAAUAUCAUGCCAAUAUGAACAUAUGGGAUGCCGAGGGAUGUGCGCCCAUUCACAUUGCGGCUCAAUUCGGUUUCUCCGCCAUUGUGGCCUACUUCAUCGGUAAAGGGGUACCCGUUGAUUGUCGAGACGAGCAUGCCAUGACGCCUUUGAUGUGGAGCGCUUAUAGAUGUUUGAACUCGGAGGUGAGCCGACUGCUGCUCAGAUUGGGGGCUCAGCCAGAUUUGGUUGAUGCUCGAAAACGAAAUUCGCCCCUUCAUUGGGCCAGUUUAUCGGAAAAUGGUUCGGUUCUUGCUAUUCUUUUAGACCAGCCGAAACCUAUCUCUCAUCUCGUGAAUCAGGAGGGAAAACGGGCUUUCGACAUACUCCAAGGCCUGCACCAAAGUGCGGAACCUCGAAAGAACCCGAAACCCUCCUUCUCCAAAGAACAGUUAGAAAAACUAAGAAGUACCCACGAAACUACCCCAGAUAGAUCUUCUUAUAUUCCAAUCCAACUGGGGGAUAGGAACAAGACUUGGGAAACCAUUACAACGUCUGGGUUGUUGUUCUCUAUUUUCCCAAUUUUUGGGCUCGGUCUAGCGACGGAAGUGUCAUGGCCCAUAAAAGCGGGUCUUUUAUUCACUAUCUACAUUCUCACGACUCUAGUUGUCCGAAAAUCGUCGCCUAAGUAUUUACACACAAUCGUGCCUAUUGCACUCUAUUUGGCGACCGAGUUCUGGAUUUACGUCACUUGGUGGGUGGUGCUUUAUCCAAUUGUUCCUCAUUUAAUGUUUUUCGCAUUUAUAAUGUUUUGCGGUCUUUUGUGGUAUUGCUUCACAAAAACCUGGAUGAGCAAUCCUGGUCUCAUCGUUGUCCAAGGCCAAGAUCGUCUGAAAAGUGUCGUUGAGUUGGCGGAAAACGGAGAUUUGGGCUUUCAGAACUUCUGCACUACUUGUCUCAUUCCCAAGCAAGAAAGAUCAAAGCAUUGCGCCACAUGCAAUGAGUGUGUCUUGAGAUUUGACCAUCACUGUCCCUGGGUGGGAAACUGCAUCGGCCAAGGAAAUCAUCGCUUUUUCAUCAUGUAUCUAAGUUUAUUGUCCAUUUUAACCAUGAUGACAAUCGUGGCGUGCUAUUUAGGAUACCAAAAAGACCAAUGGCCGACCAAUACGUGGGUUAGAGCCGGGGUUCUAAAAAAUUGGGUCUUAAUGAUCCUGAUCCUCAGUAGCUUUCAUUGCAUGUGGGUCACACUAUUACUCUCAUGCCAACUGUACCAAAUCAUUAUCAUGGCGAUGACUACCAAUGAGCGGAUGAACUGGCAGAGGUACGCCAAACGUCUACAACCACAUCCUGGAAAAAUGUCUCCUUACGAUAAAGGAGUUUGUCGAAAUCUAUGGAAUUUUUUCAUGAAUUCAUCCAUUUCAAACUCCCAUCGACUGCACACUGUUUGAUUACAUAUCCGUUUAAUAGAUAUGAUGUAUCGUCCUA